AACUUCCGGCCGCCAACACCGGCAGCACUUUUUCGCGGUAAAAUGAAAUGUGUCUCUAAUGUAGUUUAGAUUUAUUCAGCGCUCUCAGAUCUUCCUCCAAAUUAACUUGUAGCUAAUUACUGCAGCGAAUAUUUAGAAGCCGCGUUGUUGAGAGAAUCAGAUCGUCGGUGUUGUUAUGAAGUGAGAGCAAAGCUAACGUUUGCACCGGACCCUCUGACGUUUCAUCUCCAUAUUUACAACACCGUCUACUGAAUACUUACGGCGUUAUACAAUGGCACUAGUAACCGCAGAGAGCCUAAAAUCAGAGCUGGAAAUGUUCGACAUACCCUGCCAGGAUGACUCAGUCCUCGACAAGAUGGUGGAGCAGUGUAUUUGCAGCAGGAUCCAGGCAGAUGACAUGGUGCUGGAGUGGGUGGCUUACAGCACCACAAAAAAUGGAUUAAAACUCACUAUGGAAGCCCUGGAGCAUUUUGAACAUGAGGUGUUAAACAAGAAGAGUAAAUCCAAACAAAGCUUCAGAAAAGAAGAAACUCACAACAGAACCAGAGACAUCCACUCGCUGCAGGACUUAAUCAAAGCUGAGGAAGAGGAGGACAAUCUGCUAGAUGCCUACUCCACUCCUGCAAAGGGCUCUCAGAAACGAGCGCUGACCACCCCUGAACACCCUCAUUCAAAGAGGAGUGCGGCUCUGCUGGCCAGCCCGGGCCUGCUGCUGUCUCCUGCCAGUUUCUCUCCCAGUGCAACUCCCUCACAGAAGUACAGCCAGCGAGGAGGAAAAGGGGAGGUGGUGGUGACAUUCGGGGCCGUGCAGGGCACCCGCUGGGUCGGCAGGAAGGCUCCAGGUGUGGGCGUCCAGCUGGAGCUGCUGGAGGGACCUGAAGACUCCCUCCGCUCAAGCUACAAAUACAUGUUCCAAAGGCUGCGAGAUGUUCGAAAUGUGUUGACAGAGAAGAUAGAGGAGCUGGGAGAGGGCCUCAAGUCUCACUUCAGCAUCGAGGAGUUUUCUCCUGUCUCUCUGCCUGCACAGGACAGUAUAACCGUGUUGGGACAGGUGUGCUGCGACAGUAAUGGCAAACUGAACGCACAGUCGGUUCUGUUGGAGGCGGGGCCCGAGCAAGGUGGACAGCAAGUACCUGUUGACCUAUCAGAGCUCAGAGAGUACUCCCUGUUUCCUGGUCAGGUGGUAGUGAUGGAGGGGAUGAACACAACAGGGAGAAAAUUGGUGGCUUCCAAACUCUAUGAGGGAGUCCCUCUUCCUUUCUACACUUCUGAGAUAAAAAUGGAGACAGAUGAUGAGCCAUUGAAUGUACUGGUGGCCUGUGGACCGUACACCCCUUCUGACAGCCUGACCUUUGACCCUCUGUUGGACCUAAUCAAUGUCAUCGUCAGGGAUCGUCCUGAUGUUUGCCUACUGCUUGGCCCAUUUGUGGAUUCCAAACAUGAACAAAUUGAGAAAGCCCAGGUGACCGAGACAUUUGAGGCCAUUUUCACAAGAUGUAUCGAAAGCAUCGUGGAUGGCACCAAAAGUGUUGGCUGUCGUCUGGUGUUCGUACCGUCCCAGAGAGACAUCCACCACCAUUUCAUCUACCCACAGCCUCCCUUCACCCUGCCCAACCUCAGCAAGGACCAGGUCCAGCGUGUCACCCUGGUCCCUGAUCCCUGCACGCUGCUGAUCGACGGUGUGACCUUCGGGUUGACGUCCACUGAUAUCCUGUUCCACAUGGGAGCAGAGGAGAUCAGCUGUGGCACUGGAUCGGACAGAUUUUCACGCAUACUGAAACACAUGCUGACCCAGAGGAGUUACUACCCUCUGUACCCGCCUGUGGAGGAUGUUAACAUGGACUAUGAGAAGUUUCAGAGCUUCGGUCAGAUGCCGCUCACUCCUGACGUCCUCAUCAUUCCCUCUGAGCUGCGCUACUUUGUAAAGGAUGUGGUCGGCUGCGUUUGUGUCAAUCCCGGACGGCUGACCAAAGGCCAGGUGGGUGGGACCUACGGCAGGCUGCUCAUUCAGCGCAGUGCUACGUCAGAGGACAAGAAGAGAGCGAGCCCCUGUCUGGCCGCUCAGGUGGUGAAAAUCUAAUAGAAAUAAAGACUUUAAAUUCUCACUGUCACCAGAAGUGACCUGACUUAACUGGGACCAGUUUGCCAGCAGCUUUCCACGCUGCACUUUCAGAUUGUAAAAUAUGUAAAAGAAAGAAACCGCUCCUAUACAGAUGAAACCAUUUCACAGAUUGGUCUAGUUUUCUGCGACAAACAUGUUGUACUGUAUUCUGAUUAGUGGUGUCAGGACUGUGGUCAUUCAGAUAUAGCAGAAAUAAUCUCUUCACAAUAAAUUAUUGUCACCCUUUGUA